CCUUAUCCUUAAAAACACUGUGACUUUCUAAAACAGAUUUUACAAGUCACCCAAGUGUAAUUUUUCUUCCGCGUUUUCCCGGAAUACGCCCACCUAUCAUAGCCACGCCCACUAGAGCACCUGAGCAGAAAGAAAAAGACGUCUUAUCGGAAUCAGACUUCCUGAUGUUGGAUGUUUUACAUUUUUCUACCAUCAUGAUUAUCAGGAAACCCAUUUUCAUAGCUUUUAUCCUCCACUUAUGUAUUUCUGAGAUAGAAAACAAGGAAGAUUUCAGUGGGUUUACAUCAAAACUGCCCAAAUACUCCAUUGUAAAGCCACAAGUGAUCAACAACAGGUGGACAAGGAGUCUCAAUCGGACCUCACAGACGGAAGAGGCAUAUGGAGAUAAAGUAUCUUACACGCUGAUGAUCAACAACAAAGAGCAUAUUCUCCAUCUGGAAAAGAACAGAGGAUUUUUACACCCAAAUUUUGUCCAGUAUUCUCGUGAGGCCAGCGGUAACUACAAUACCUCAUAUCCAAGACAACAUGUGAACUGCUACUACCAUGGGUCGGUGGAGGGAUACGAAGGUUCAGUGGUUGCGCUCAGCACGUGCUCCGGCCUCAGGGGUGUGAUCCUCCUUGAAAACGAGACGUUUGGACUGGAGCCCGUUCCGGCGUCCACCACCAACGAGCACGCUCUCUACCUCCUGAAGGACUCUCAUUCUGAGCCAGUCACCUGCGGGGUCGUUGGUGAAGCAACAUCGACACCCAACUAUGAACCCUUUGAGCCUGCCCAGUCCAUGACUUCUCUCCUAAGGAGAAAACGCGCUUUACCUCAAACCAGUUACAUAGAGUUGGUGCUGGUCGUCGAUAACCUCAGGUAUAAUUACAAGCAACAAAAUGAAACGGCAGUCAGAGAGGAGAUGGUGCAAAUGGCAAACCUCUUGGACGGGUACUACAAACCGCUCAAUAUCCGAGUUGUGCUUGUGGGCCUGGAGAUUUUUAAGCAAAGUAAUCCUUUCAGUGUGGACGGCUCUGCUGGACAGGUGCUGGGAGAGUUUGUUAAAUGGAGGAAGAGCACGCUGUUGCCAAAGAUCAGGCACGACAUCGGUCAGCUCAUUGUCGGUCGGUCGGGGUCAUACGGCGGUGGCGUUUUGGGCAUGGCCUAUGUUGGCACCGUCUGCUCCGUUGCGAGCUCUGGAGGAAUUAACGUGUACAGCAAUGACAACUUGAAUUUUGUUUCCACUGUGGUGGCCCAUGAGAUGGGCCAUAACCUGGGCAUGAAUCACGACUCCAGUGGCUGCGCCUGUAACGGAAAGAGCUGCAUCAUGUCAGCGGGAGCCGGCGGUGCCGUCCAGUUCAGUAAAUGCAGCGAGCAGGACUUUGAGUCUUUGAUUGUCCGCGGGGGAGGCGUGUGUCUUAGAAAUCAACCUUCGGCAUCAGACGUGAUUGGCACCGCUGAAUGUGGCAACGGACGCCUGGACAAAGGAGAGGAAUGCGACUGUGGCACAAAAGAGGAAUGUAAGAACGAGUGCUGUGAUGCUGCCACCUGCAAACUGACUCGUGGUUCCUCUUGUGCUCAUGGUUACUGCUGUGAGAAGUGUCAGUUCAAAGUGGCUGGAACUCAGUGCAGAAAGUCAGCCGACGUCUGCGAUCUUCCGGAGUAUUGUAAUGGCAAAAGUGGAUUUUGUCCUGAAAACUUUUACAUCAUGGAUGGACUGCCAUGCAAAAACGAUGCAGCCUAUUGCUACGAAGGACACUGCCAGACGUACGAUUACCAGUGUUUACAACUGUUUGGAUCGGGUGCAAAAAAAGCAGAUGAUAUUUGCUUUGAAUAUGAAAAUGUAAAGGGCAACGUGUUUGGGAACUGUGGCAUCACCAGCAAUGGAGGCUACAUAAAAUGUACCGUGGCGAAUGCCAAAUGUGGAAAGGUGCAGUGCACUAAUGUGGAUUUAAACAACCACCCUGCUGGUGCCCAAAUCAGCAUUGACAUAGUUCAGGGAUCCAAAUGUAUCAAUGCAGACUUCAACCUUGGAACCGACGUUCUGGAUCCGGCUUAUGUUAACCCCGGCAGUCCGUGUGACAAUGGAAAGACCUGCGUGGACUUCAAGUGUGUGAACGCGUCAGUUCUGGACCCAAAGCUGGACUGCGAUGCACAGACCACCUGCAGUGGACGAGGAGUGUGCAACGAUCAGGGACACUGCCACUGUGACAACGGUUGGGCUCCACCCAACUGCAACAAAGCAGGCCGAGGUGGCAGCAUCGACAGCGGUCCUGCCAUGAUAGAUUACUCCCUCAGGAACGGGCUGUUGAUCUUCUUCCUGUUGAUUGUCCCUCUUCUCGUCGCUGCCAUUCUGGUGCUGCUCUACGUGUUCAAAAGGGAUUCCCUAGACAUCUGCUUGAAACGAAGAAAAAAAACACGCAGUACAGGAAACAGAAAUGCAAAUGCACCAACAAAUGGUAACGUUCAAACAGAUGUGACAAUUCAGCCUCCAAGACAAGUUCCACCUGAAAGGCCUCCAGUUCCAACAGUGACCUCUGUUCCCAUUUCAGGUUUCAGGUAUGGAGAAGUGGAUUACUGGUCCCAGGAAGCAAACGAGGCUCCUUCCCGACCUCCAGCUCCAGUUCAGGGCCCAGGAGUGCCAAGGCCGAUCCCCGUGAAAGACAUUAGUUCAUAAAGUGAACUAAUGCUCACUUUAUGUCAGGGACGCUGUGAGUGUAUGAGUGUGUUUCACAAAAAGAGACUGUUUUAAAUCACUGUGACAAUGAGACACUCACUGGGACUUGUAUGCACUCUAAAGCUGACUGUAGUUUUUGUAUUUGUGGUGUUGGAUGCACCUUGUAAGUAUCGGAGUGGGUGGGUUUUAUUCGGUCUUUAUCACUUUGUGUUAAAUCAGCCACAUAAAUUGUCUAUACAAAAAAAAAGAAAUAUUUUUAGGGAUUUCCUUCCAACUUAUUUUUAAAAGGUUGUUAGUUUUGAGUGUUGAUAUUGUAAUAUAGCCCGGAAGAUUGUAAUGAAGUUAGUUCAAAUAUAUUUUACACAUAUGAGCUUCUCAUGAUCCACAUUUUGGUCAGUCAUAAUUUUUGAAGACACGAUGCGCUGAAAUAAAAACAUGAAAGUUAUUUUGAUAUUGAUUUUAAUGAAAUAAAAGAUGCUUGGUAUCUAUUUCAAUCAGAUUUAUGUUUUCUUUGAAUGUGCAUUUAUAUCAUGUUUACAUAUGUUUCAGGUUAUUUCUUAAACUACAGCUGCAUUUCAUUAAUGAUUUAUCAGUGCAUGUAAUUAAGCUUAUGAAGUGAAACUCAUGUAAUCAUAACACACAAGAUACAUUUAUGUAUGUACACACUGUAUGUUUCUUUCUGUUCAUUUUGUUGACGUUGGCUUACUUUCAGUAAAAACCCCAAAUUCA